AGCACGUGGAAAACGCAUUUGGGCAAUGUCAGCUUUGGGAGUUUGUCGACGCGGUGGCUGAUGUUCUUAUUUGUUGCGCCAGCACGCGAUGUGUCUCCAGAAAAGAUGCAGUCAGGUGUUUUUUUUUUUUCUAUUUGCAGCGCGUUGAGCUCACUCGGCCACCGUAAUAUACAGCCCACUGAUGCCCAGAAUGAUGCCCGCUCUUUCCUGAGUGAGGAAAUGAUUGCUGAGUUCAAGGCUGCCUUCGACAUGUUCGACACCGACGGUGGUGGUGAUAUCAACCAAGAGUUGGGUACCGUAAUGAGGAUGCUGGGUCAGAAUCCAUCCAGAGAGGAACUGGAUGCCAUCAUUGAAGAAGUAGAUGAAGAUGGCAGUGGCACUAUUGACUUUGAGGAGUUCUUGGUCAUGAUGGUGCAGCAGCUAAAAGAAGACCAAGCUGGCAAGAGUGAGGAGGAACUAUCUGAAUGCUUCCGUGUCUUUGACAAGAACCAAGAUGGUUUCAUCGAUCGUGAGGAGUUUGCAGAUAUCUUGCAUGCGACUGGUGAGCCAGUGACAGAAGAAGACAUAAAUGAACUCAUGGCGGAUGCAGAUACAAACAAAGAUGGGAAGAUUGAUUUUGAUGAGUUUCUAAAAAUGAUGGAGAAUGUCCAGUAAGAAAAAAUUACAUUCCAUCUCCUCAAACCGCUAAUGACAGCAGUCAAGAAACGCAAAAAAAACAACAUCACCCGGGUUCAAACAGUGAAGAUGGGCUGAAUUUGCUUUGAGGGACAGAGAAUAUUAUAGAUCAGUGUUUCUUUGGGGCCGCACUGUGAUGGUAUCUAUAAAUAACCCUUCGAACCUUUUAAGAGGAAACCACUUAUGCCUCUUCAGCUGUCUCCUACUACACCUGCUUAUUCCCAAGACAUUCAGCAACCUUCCUUCAACCCCCUUCCCCUCUCCCUCACCCUUUACAGUGAUUCAAAAUAACCCUGCUACAGCAUUAGCUUCUGAAAAAGACUUAAUGUUGUCAUGGCGAUGAGGAAUCUCUUUAGCUCACAUGUUAGCGGCGUCUGCAAAUCUAUUAAAAAGGCACAUCUUGGUCAAUCUGCUUGUUUGUUUGGUGAUUUUUUUAUUUAUUUUUUUUUUACUGUGAUUGUAUUAUCUAAAAUUGUCUAUAAAAACGUAUAGCUCUAACAUUUUUUUUUAAAGCUAAAUGCAAUUUCAGGCCUAAAAGAGUUGUUAUGAGGCCAAAUAUCACAUUUCUAGAAGCUGCAACUCAUGACACUCAUGUGAUCUUCUCACCCACCUUGCCCAUAACUUCACUACACCCAAUCAUCGCACCAUGAUGGUUUCCAGAACCCCAUGUCCAAAAUACAUAACACUUUGGCCGUCCAGUAGAUCCAUAGUGUUGCAGAUUGUAUUUAUCUUUUCGUCUGUUGGUCUCUUCUGAGAUUUUCAUACUUAACCUGGCCAAAGGGUUAACCUCUUCACAUGGCCAAAAAGGUCAUGAAAAAUCCUAAUGUCAACGUUUUGUGCCAGGAGCAUGCAAGUUAUACAUAUAUGAGUUCUGAAAGGUGCAAAAGGUCAGAUUUCCAUGUUUUCUUCUCAUGGUAGAAAGCCAUGUGAUCCUUUUGACAUCUCGUUGUCUUCAGGUCAUAUUGAUGGAGGUGUUAUCUCCAGUGCCGUAAAUGCAAAUCUCCAGAGCUGCAAUGAUAUGCAAACUGCAAAACCAGACCUUUCUGCUCUUCUCAAAAUCUCCUUUUAAAUCUCUCCAUUUCUGCCUGAAAGUAUAUAGUCCACAACCCCCUCCUCCAAGUUCCCCCACAUCCUUCUCCAAUCCACGUCUGUACAAUUCCUCGCUCAGGAAACACAUGCCAUACAUGGAAACUCGGGCUUAGGCUCUUCAGGGUUUGGGGGUACCUGUGUCGCCAUUUGUGUUGUUGGGUUUUGGUUGGGGUGGACUACAGAUCUAAACCAUUUGCUAUUCAGGGCACGCUGAAGAUUUGCAACACAGCACCUUCCCAAGAGGUUUAGGGUUUCUCGGCUUGACUAAAGGGGGGUGGUGCAGAACACUAUCGGCUCUCUCCAUUUUAAAAAUGAAUUUCCAUCUGUACGCUACUUAUUUUAAAUCACUAUAAGCCAUUUUAGUCCAUCAGUAUGUUACUUCUCAAAUUUAGUAGAAAUUUUGAGGGGAAUUAGGGAAAAGCAAAGUCUCAGGGUAAAAGUCUGCCAGGAUUUCGUGUCUAAACAUUAGUGUGGUCAACAUUAACAUCCAAUUUCCACAAUGAAGUUUUACCAGACACGCUAAAUAAUUAUUUUAUUGUGUCUUUGAACAGGUCUUCCAAUAAAUACAGGCUUUUUGACAAUAAACACACCAGAAUAAGGCAGUUACCAUUUUCCUGUAUUCUCGCAGACUGUUCUUAAAGUGUACUCAUUUCACAUUUCUAUUGGCUUAUGGGAGCCGUCGAAC